AUGUCCUCUUCACAGUUGCAUCCUCUGCGAGUCAACCCCGGCACCGGGGAGCCAUUCCUGCGUCUACCCAGUCCGCUUGAAGAUAUUAUCAUCACACCCCCUCGUGUGACCGACGCUCCUUCUAUCGUUGCCAUACUCAACGAUCCAACUGUGUGCCAGUGGUUGAAGGGCCCGCCAUACCCUUACUUGCCGUCCCAUGCCGAUAGUUGGUUGAAUGACGCGAAAAGGGAGUCGGAUGCCACACUGCUGGAGUUGAAGCAGACCUGUAGAGAGGAUUCCGACGGGACAUUGAAGCUGGUGGGAUCGUGUCCUGUAAGAAGUCUCAGAGCAGUGCAAGAGGACGGCACGGACGUUUACAUUGGCAACGUUGAUUUCCGUCGUUGUGCCUUCCUGGAAGAAGACCCCGCGGUCCGAGGACGUCUAUCUGAGGAGAACACACAGAGAGUGGUGGGCGAUCCCGCAAUCGUGUGGUGCCUGGGAGAUUAUCUUGCGCCCUCACAUCACGGGCGCGGCAUCAUGACCGCUGCAGUUGGCACGCUCUUGGCCUCUUGGGCGAUACCCAGGAUGGGCGUGCGGCGCAUGAGGGUGGAAAUAUUCAGGGGUAACAAUGGGAGUGUGCGGGUGUUUGAGAAGAACGGGUUCGUGCUAGAGAAGACGUUGGAUCAGGAGAAGGUGACAAACUACGGGAACACGAUCUACGGGCAUAACAUUCUGUGGUGGGAGCACAGUUAG